UCCUACCACCACCUCCACGGCUCCACUAUAUAUAAUCCCCGAUCGCCUAGCGCACACGCGCCGGACCCGCCGGCCGACGAGGCGCAACCGCGCAACGCAAACCCACACGCGCCGCUGCCUGCGCCGUCGUGCCGCACCGGCCCGCUCCUUCUCCACUCAGGUGCAAUCAGGUUACGGCCGCCGCGGGCUGCGCCGCCGGACAGUGCUUGCUCAGGCCGAGAGGGGGAGACGCGGGGCACGCGACCGCGGCUAGCCCGGGCGGCGGGGUGCGGAGGCGGAGAAGGUAGGUAUGGAGAAGUACGAGGCGGUGCGGGACAUCGGGUCGGGGAACUUCGGGGUGGCGCGGCUGAUGCGCAACCGUGAGACCCGGGAGCUCGUCGCCGUCAAGUGCAUCGAGCGUGGCCACCGGAUUGACGAGAAUGUGUACAGGGAGAUCAUCAACCACCGCUCGCUACGCCACCCCAACAUCAUUCGCUUCAAGGAGGUGAUACUUACACCCACACAUCUUAUGAUAGUGAUGGAGUUUGCAGCAGGCGGAGAGCUCUUCGAUCGAAUCUGUGAUCGUGGGCGGUUUAGUGAGGAUGAGGCCCGGUAUUUCUUUCAGCAGUUGAUAUGUGGCGUGAGCUACUGCCAUUACAUGCAAAUAUGCCAUCGAGAUUUGAAGCUGGAGAAUGUUCUCUUGGAUGGUAGCCCUGCUCCACGGCUCAAGAUAUGUGAUUUUGGCUAUUCCAAGUCAUCACUGUUGCAUUCAAGACCCAAAUCAGCAGUGGGAACACCAGCAUAUAUUGCACCUGAGGUGCUAUCCCAUCGCGAGUAUGAUGGAAAGGUUCUAAGGAGGAAUUUUUCUGCAGUCUUAUUUUCCAGCUUGCAUCCCCCCUUCCUCAGACUGCUUGACCUUGCAGAUGUCUGGUCCUGUGGGGUGACUCUUUACGUCAUGCUUGUGGGAGCAUACCCAUUUGAAGACCCGGAUGAUCCCAAGAAUAUACGCAAGACCGUUCAGCAAAUAACGCAAGUACAAUACAAGAUACCAGAUUAUGUCCACAUAUCUACAGAUUGUAAACAACUUCUUGCCCGUAUCUUUGUUACCAAUCCAAUGAGGAGAAUCACAAUGAUGGAAAUAAAGAGCCAUCCAUGGUUCCUAAAGAACCUGCCACGGGAACUCACAGAGACAGCACAGGCCAUGUACUACAAGAGAGAUAACAGGGUACCUUCUUAUUCAGACCAAACGUCAGAAGAAAUCAUGAAGAUUGUCCAAGAUGCAAGGACCAUGCCAAAAUUAUCCAGAUCAGGCUACGAUUGGAGCAAUGAGUGUUCGGAUGAAGAAGAAGAAAAGGAAGAGGAACACAGACCCGAGGAAAACGAGGAAGAGGACGAUGAAUACGAUAGGAGGGUCAAUGAGGUCCAUGCAAAUGGAGAACUCAGAAUGGACGCUCUACACGUGAAAUCUUGUGGAAGUUGAGAUAACCGGGUUACUGCAGAGCUGAAGAUUCGGUGGGCUGUGGAAUUUUGGCUGCGGCAUUGCUUCUGUCUGGUCGUCCCCUCCUGUAACAUAAUUUAGUUGAUACACAGAGACAAACUACAACCUUCUUAUAUAUAUACUCGGAGACGACGAAACCUGUAAAUAUGAACCAUGUGCCUGUCUAUCUGCAUUGUACAGUCUGCUACUCUGCUAGGUUCCAGUGUGAAUGUGUGAUAAUUCUAACGCAUGUUGAAGUGGGAUCAA